AUGGAUAAGGCCUUGAUGGCCAUGUCUCUUGAAGAUGAUGAUGAUGUGCCCUUUAUUAUGCCAAAUCUUCCUGAGUUUAGUUCGACUGAAAGGAAUAAAAGAAGUUUAAUUGGGCGUCUGCUCAAUUUAGACUACCAGAAAAUGGAGGAGUUUAUCUUUCAGAUGCCUCGUAAAUGGCAGAAACAAGGCCGUGUUAGAGGUAUUGCUCUUUCUCAGGAAAGAUUUCAGUUUAUCUUCGAUAAUGAACAUGAUCUGGUGGAAGUCUUAGAAAAAGGUUUGGGUGUUGGAAAAGUAAAGUCGAAACAAGAAGCUCCAACAGAUGUGCCUAUCUCAUUGCUGAUAGUGCUUCGAAAUCUAGGUGGUUUCAAUCUUAUGUGGCUAGAGGAGCUCCUUUUUGGAUCUCAAGUCUAG